UUCAUCGUUUCAGGAAGUGUGGUGCACAAUGAGCAUAGUUAGUAUUGGCUAUGGCAUCAGUAUUAUUAAAUCGUUUUGGGGUUUUGUUUCUCUGCAUUUUUCCAGCAUGUUGUGAUACAGGCGAGCUUUUGUUGGAACAGUGUACGCCGUCCUCGGAGUCACAGGGUACAGGCUGUGGCUGUCAGGGACUGAAAAGGGAUGGGGCUGUUGACAUAAGUGACGAAAACAACCUAAAACAUCACGAUGGCGCAAAUGUAUACUCCGAAAAAGCAAACGAAACACCCCACGCACCAGAACAUGAUGUACGCAGCAAGUUGGUGCACCUGCAGGGAGGUUGGUUUAUGAUGGGUACUGAUGAUCCAGGAAUACCACAGGAUGGAGAGGGUCCUCAGAGGAGAGUGUGGGUGGACCCUUUUUACAUUGAAGAACAUGAGGUCACGAACCAGCAGUUCCAACACUUCACUAACCAGACAGGCUACAUCACAGAGGCCGAGCGUUUUGGUGACUCCUUUGUUUUUGAGGGACUGCUGAAUGAGAAAGUGAAGAGCACCCUGUCACAUGCGGUGGCUGCUGCUCCUUGGUGGUCACCAGUAAAAGGUGCAGACUGGAGACAUCCAGAAGGGCCAGAUUCAACCACAAAGCACAGAAUGAAUCAUCCUGUGCUGCAUGUGUCCUGGGCUGACACUCAGUCUUACUGUCGCUGGGCCGAGCGGAGACUCCCUACUGAAGCCGAGUGGGAGUUUGCCUGUAGAGGAGGACUGCAGGAUAGGCUGUACCCGUGGGGCAAUAAUUUAAUGCCCAGAGGGCAGCACUAUGCUAACUUGUGGCAGGGAGAUUUUCCUACUCGCAACACAGCAGAGGAUGGCUAUGCUAACACAUCACCGGUGAUGUCAUUUCCUGCCAAUGGCUUUGGUCUGUAUGACAUGGUGGGGAAUGCGUGGGAGUGGACAGCAGACUGGUGGAAUAUCCAUCACAAUACAGAAGAAAAGAAAAACCCUAAAGGACCAGAAUCGGGGAUAGACAGAGUCAAGAAAGGAGGCUCUUAUAUGUGCCACAAGUCAUACUGCUACAGGUACAGGUGUGCAGCCCGUAGUCAGAACACCCCUGACAGCUCUGCCUCUAACCUGGGCUUCCGUUGUGUCUCGGACCCUGAUCCAUAACUUUCAAAUUUGCCAUUGUCAUACAUUGAGAAGGUACUUUGGAAUACUAUUACACUUCUUCUAAUAGUAGAAAAUGUAAUUUUUGUAAAAAAAAAAAAAAGAGAGUUUUGUUAUUCAUUUUGUAGUUUUAUUGGUUCUAUGUUGUAUAUUGUAUCAACCUUUCAUUUCGUUUUUUAACUUA